AUGCUGGCCUCCGGGCCUGCUGCGGCGGCGCGGCCGGUUGAGGCCGGGCUCGGCCCGGCCCGCGACGGCUGGCCGCCGACGAGCGCACUCGCGCUGCUCGUCAAAAUGGCGGCGGUGGCGAUUGCGGCGACGGUCGUUCAGUCGCUCAGCGCUCAGGCGCGUCUGUCGUCUGUCGUCUGUUGUCGCAUUUCGCACACGCGCGCGCCGCGCGACCCGCCCAAAAGCUGCUCGCUCGAACCGCGGCCGACUCCGCCAUCGCGGCCGCAGCUGUUGAGCUCUCCAGAAGACUGGUGCCUGAUAUGCUGCCUCCCUGCGGAUGCUGCCGGCGAGCCUGGCGGUCCGCUGUACUUCAAGGAGAAGACCAUCGGGUCCUUCGGCCACCAAAGCGAGAUCACCCGAGAGCAGCUGAGCCUGCCUCUGGCCUCGCCUCCCUCUCCUUCAUCAGGCAGUCGUGGCAUCCUAUGGGUCGUUGGCGCCAUGAAGUACAGCGAUCGCCAUCUCGCUGGCCUCUUCGCAAGGCCUCCCGACCGCGUCGAACUCAUCGAGACGUGGGCUCUCUCGGCUACAGGACCGGCCCCAGCUUCGGCUGAGGGCUAACAAGCUGCCGAGCCCAAAUCACUGUGAGAGU